UUCUGGUACCUCUGGUAGAUCGCGGCUAAGCCAGUCGCUCGUUCGCCGCUCACCUAAACGGCUUUCACCUGGCCGAUUACGAAGAUUCUUUUGGCCGUCGAUCGAAUGAUCCCUGGCUAUCUCCGUCUUACGAGCGUGUGCACACGAAAAUCCCCGGGGUUACGUGGCCGGUGAUCGGUGAUCGGUGAUCGACCCAGCUCCGGCAUGUCCGGACGGUGACUCGUUUUACCUUUAAGGAAAUUGUGUUUCCAUGCGAGGUGAAGGGAGAAUCGCAAGGAUCUGCGAGCGGAACCAGUUUCCCCAAAACACUUCCACCGGUUCAGGAAGUGUCCCUUCGACUUCACCUUACGUCUCGUCGGUACUCGGUAGCUAGCGGAGGAUCCGCUUCCGCCCAACAGAAUGUCGAAAAAUCAACCACAAAAUGGGAUGCUACCAGGAGGUGGAACGGUUGGUGGUGCCGACGAUUUCUCGGAUGGCGAGAGUACCCCUUUGACUCAGGAUUAUGGCGACAGUCAAAGAACCGUGGUGGAAACAAAAGGAUGGGACGUGUUCCGGAAUCCACCACCUAAAAUCGAUUCCGGUUCGAUGGCGAAUCAAAGAUGCCUCGAGGCGACGGUACAGAUCACGAAAGUCAUUGUUUACCUCUUCGUAUUUGUGAUAGUGCUAGGUAGCGGUGCAGUUGCCAAAGGAACAAUUUUAUUCAUGACGUCGCAGCUCAGAUCUGACAGAGCGAUUGGUUACUGCAAUAGGCAAUUAGGCCGGGACAAGCAAUUCGUAGUGUCGUUACCGGAGGAGGAGAGGAUAGCGUGGAUCUGGUGCAUCAUAAUAGCGUUCGCGGUGCCGGAGUUCGGCACUUUGAUCCGCAGCAUUCGGAUAUGCAUCUUCAAGUCGUGGAAGAAACCACCGGCCUCGCAUUUCCUCCUCGUUUUUCUCAUGGAGACCUUUCACGUGGUUGGCCUGGCUUUAAUGUUUAUGGCAGUGUUACCCGAUUUGGACGUCGUCAAAGGUGCGAUGCUGACGAACUGUGUGUGCUUCGUACCCGGACUGCUAGGGCUUCUCUCUCGCAACAAAAACAAAGACGAGUCGAAGAGAUUUGUCCUGGUGCUGAUCGAUAUCGCAGCGUUGGCUGCUCAAGGAACAAGUUUUUUCCUUUGGCCAUUAUUGGAUAGUUCCCGACCAUCUUUGUGGCUCAUAGCGCCGGCAUUGUUCCUGGUCUCCUGCGGAUGGUGGGAAAAUUAUGUUUCCAUGCAAAGUCCUAUCGGAUUUGUUCGGUCGCUAGGAAGGGUGAAAAAGGAAAUGAGACUCACUCGAUACUUUACCUACAUGUUCAUGUCCGUUUGGAAGAUCAUGGCUUUCCUUAUCAGCACUCUAUUGAUACUACAUAUGAAAGGCGAGACCGUGGGUCAUUUGUUCACGAUGCUAAGCAGCGCUUUCGGGAACCAUCAGAUCUCUGUAUCGGAAGUACGACUGGAUUCAUCCAAUCGGAUCACGGACAUUGCGGACGUAAUCGAAAUUGGUGAAAAGAUCCAAAUACCAGCUGAUGCGAACACUCCAAUCUAUGUGUUACUGUUACAAAUAUUUGGCGCUUACUUCGCUUAUAUUUUCGGGAAAUUCGCUUGCAAGAUCUUGAUACAAGGGUUCAGUUACGCGUUUCCUGUUAACCUGACGAUACCGGUGUCGAUCUCAUUGUUGAUCGCUGCCUGCGGCUUGAGGAACGGCGACCCUUGCAUCUUCCACGGCACGAUACCGGAUUACCUUUUCUACGAGUCGCCGCCUUUGUAUUUCCUCAAUGAUUUUGUGUCGAAGCAAUACGCCUGGGUAUGGCUGCUUUGGCUGCUGUCACAAACAUGGAUCACCCUGCACGUGUGGACACCGAAAUGCGAACGUCUGGCUGCCACGGAGAAGCUCUUCGUCGUGCCCAUGUACGACUCCCUGUUGAUCGAUCAGUCGAUGGGUCUGAAUAGGAAACGGGAUGAUCAGCCGGAAGUGAAAGUUGAGGAUCUAGCUGAGAUAGAGAAGGAAAAAGGAGAUGGAGAUUACGAGACCAUAUACGAGCAAACGGACGGCACAACUACACCCCCGUCGGCUGUAAAAAGCAGCGAUCACGUAACUAGAAUCUAUGCCUGCGCGACAAUGUGGCAUGAGAACAAGGAAGAAAUGAUGGAGUUCUUGAAGAGUAUUUUGCGUUUGGACGAGGAUCAAUGUGCCAGACGCGUAGCCCAAAAAUAUUUGAAGGUUGUUGAUCCGGACUACUAUGAAUUCGAAACGCACAUAUUUUUCGACGACGCAUUCGAGUUGGCGGAUCACAACGAGAACGAGUCGCAGGUGAACAGGUUCGUUAAGUUGCUAGUGGGAACUUUGGACGAGGCUGCGUCGGACGUUCAUCAGACGAGGAUGCACGUCAGAGCACCGAAGAAAUAUCCAACCCCUUACGGCGGACGUCUCGUUUGGACGCUUCCCGGGAAAACGAAGAUGAUCGCUCAUUUGAAAGACAAGAGCAAAAUUCGUCACAGGAAACGUUGGAGCCAGGUCAUGUACAUGUAUUACUUGCUCGGACACCGAUUGAUGGAGUUACCAAUCAGCGUGGAUCGCAAAGAAGUGAUCGCGGAGAAUACUUAUUUGCUAACUCUCGACGGUGAUAUCGACUUCCAGCCAGCUGCCGUGAAGCUGCUCGUGGAUUUGAUGAAGAAGAAUAAAAACCUCGGCGCAGCCUGCGGUCGUAUUCAUCCGGUCGGUUCAGGUCCUAUGGUGUGGUAUCAGAUGUUCGAAUACGCUAUUGGUCAUUGGCUGCAAAAGGCGACCGAACACAUGAUCGGUUGUGUGCUUUGUAGCCCUGGUUGCUUCUCGCUCUUCAGAGGGAAAGCUCUGAUGGAUGAUAACGUGAUGAAGAAGUACACCACCAGAUCCGAAGAGGCAAGACAUUAUGUUCAAUACGAUCAAGGGGAGGAUCGAUGGCUUUGUACGUUACUGCUGCAACGAGGUUACAGAGUCGAGUAUUCUGCGGCCAGCGAUGCUUACACUCACGCGCCCGAAGGGUUCAACGAGUUCUACAAUCAGCGUCGGCGAUGGGUGCCUUCUACUAUAGCCAAUAUCAUGGAUCUUCUGAUGGACGCAAAACGAACGAUUAAAAUUAACGAUAACAUUUCUCUUCCCUAUAUUUCUUACCAAAUUCUGCUCAUGGGCGGCACAAUUUUGGGACCAGGCACGAUUUUCCUUAUGUUGGUGGGUGCCUUCGUGGCUGCCUUCAAGAUCGAUAACUGGACCAGCUUCUACUAUAAUAUCAUCCCCAUCCUCCUCUUUAUGCUCGUAUGUUUCACGUGUAAGGCAAGCAUUCAGCUUCUGUGCGCACAAAUAUUGUCUACAGGGUACGCGAUGAUAAUGAUGGCCGUGAUCGUGGGUACUGCUCUCCAGCUCGGAGAGGACGGUAUCGGAUCACCGUCGGCCAUAUUCUUGAUAUCAUUAUCCAGUUCGUUCUUUAUAGCAGCCUGUUUGCAUCCGCAAGAAUUUUGGUGUGUCGUGCCCGGCAUUAUUUACCUACUCUCAAUUCCUUCGAUGUAUCUUCUCCUUAUCCUCUACUCGAUUAUCAAUUUGAACGUCGUCUCGUGGGGCACCCGUGAGGUUCAAGUGAAAAAGACGAAAAAGGAACUUGAACAAGAGAAAAAGGAGGCUGAAGAAGCGAAACGGAAAGCAAAACAAAAAUCCUUAUUAGGAUUUCUACAAAAUGGCGUCGGUUCAAACGAUGAUGAAGAAGGAUCGAUAGAGAUCUCUUUAGCGGGACUAUUUAAAUGCAUGUUUUGCACACACGGCCAAACAUCGAAUGAAAAACAACAGUUGGUCACCAUUGCAGAAUCAUUGGAAGGGCUUGGAAAACGAUUGGAAGUCAUCGAGAGAGCUGUGGAUCCACAUGGACAGGCAAAUAGCCGAAGGCGAGCUUCAUCAGUGGGUUCACGGACUGCUGAUCCCCACCUCCGUGUCGUCACCGAGGAUCCUGGGGAAGAUCAAGAAUGCCAAAGCGAUACUGAAACUGUGACUAGUCAGAAUACGGAAGGAAACCGAGAGAGCCAUUUCCCUAGCCGGCCGUACUGGCUGAGCGACGACGGAUUGAAAAAGGGUGAAAUUGACGUAUUGUCUCUCCAGGAAGAACAAUUCUGGAAGGAUCUCCUGGAGAAGUAUCUGUAUCCUAUCGACGAAGACAAAGCGGAAAAGGAACGAAUCGCCAAAGAUUUAAAGGAUCUACGUGACCAGAGCGUGUUCGCGUUUUUUAUGCUGAAUGCCCUCUUCGUACUGAUCGUGUUUCUGCUGCAAUUAAACAAAGACUUGUUGCACGUGAAGUGGCCAUUCGGCAUCAAGACGAACAUCAGCUAUGACGAAAAUUCUCAGGAGGUACAUAUCACAAAAGAAUACCUACAGUUGGAGCCGAUCGGUUUGGUGUUCGUAUUCUUCUUCGCGCUGAUAUUGGUUAUUCAAUUCACCGCGAUGUUGUUCCAUCGAUUUGGCACGUUCGCCCAUAUCUUGGCCAGCACCAGUCUGGAUUGGUACUGUUGUAAGAAGACUAAGGAUCUGUCGGAGGAAGCGUUACUAUCGAAACAUGCAGUGGAAAUAGUCAGGGAUCUACAAAGAUUAGACGGAAUGGAGGGCGAUUAUGAAGAAGGCAGCGGCAGCGGUCCUGGCAGAAGGAAGACUAUAAGAAACCUCGAGAAGAGUCGAAGAAAAACGCAGGCAAUCAAUACGCUCGAUGUCGCUUUCAGACGACGAUUCUUCCAGUCUGAAGGGAACGGCCUGCCAAGGAACAUGUCAACGAGGCGAUCAGCAAAAGCUUUCAAAGCGUUCGAGGGCCGUAGAAACAGCAUAAUCGCGAUGAGACGGAAGUCGCAGAUGCAGACUCUGGGAGCAAACAAUAUUUACGGGGUGGCUGGGAAUCCUUUAGGCAUUCAAGGUCGCCCGUCAAGAAGUAGUCAGAUUUCCGUGAAAGAUGUGUUCGAGGGUCACGCUGGACACACGAAUUCCGCUUACGAACCGGACGAUAACACUGGAAGCAGUCUCAGACUUCACAAUUUGGGUCAAAGCACGUGGAGAGAGGCCAAUACCAACAUCUGACGCGAAGCCAUCACAUGAAUAUGGAGCGUGACUACGCGAGGUCUUCAUUAUGCAGCGUGAAUUGGAGGGACAGGCGUUCAUAGUUACAGUUUUGCUUGGUUACGCUGACGAUAGUGGAAUUCCGAAAGAUAUUAUCUUUUUACGGUUCAGCGCCUCCUAUAGCAAUUAUUCGUUAAUCUGAUAACGUAUGAUGUAAGAAUGGAUAGAAACGUAUGAAAAAGACUGCCUUCGUGUAGAAUAAUUUAUGAUGGAGUGAAUGGUACGGGACUGUCUUUAAACCCUUUCCAUAAUAAAAAUACCGUGAGAAGUAACAGAAAAAAAGUAAGUGAAAACAACUUGGUGAACACCUAUACGUCUCCAAUUAAAUGAAAUUCGAAACGCUUAUAGACAGUCCUGAAUAAGGAACGACUAUGUUUUUUUUUUCACUUGUGACUAGAUAUUUAAGAAUAAAUGAACUGACCGGUGAGUAGCAAUAUUUCGUAGGACAACUAUCGUUAGGAGAGUCCACGGUUGAAUAGGAUAAUUAUUGUAGACGAUAAUUUAACGUAAUACCGUUGUUAACUCGUAUCGUAUUAGCGAGAACGCGCUAUCACUUAUGUGCGACAAUUAUCGCAGCGACGACGCUUACAUUCCUCUUUUGCUCCCCUAAACGUGAUACCGCUGUUAUAUAUUUAAUCGACAGACCUCUUUUGUAUAUAUUCGCGAACGUAUGUGUAUAGCGAGCUAUGGAAAAAUUUCAUUGAUUGUAAAUGGAAUAAAGUUCGAGCGAUCAACAUUCACCAGCAAGUUUAUUUCUUCGGAUUAGAAACUUUCUCCCUUCCACGGAUUUCCUUCUGAGUGUUGAAAUAAAUGAUUGAAAUUGAAAUGACCAAAUAUUAGUUAAAAUAAGGAUGUCAUUCUUUAUUAAAAAAGUUCUUCGUUAUUAUUUUGUAAUUUUUCUCGCGGAUAAUGUAAUACAAAUCUCUAGAAAAUUGUGGAGUAGAAGAUUGAAUGAAAUUUAAUAUAGCACCAUAUUACUUUUAAUUUGUUAGCAUGAACCGUUAAGUAAAUGAAUACAUUUUUUAAUUAAAACUUCAUUAAAUUUCUCCAUAAAUAUUUGAAUGAACUUUUAUACUCUAAUUAGGAGUUUCAAGAAGAAAUGGAUUUGGUUCUGUGAAACUGGCUGUUACGUAUAAUAUUACAUUAAAAUCGAAGUUAAUUAUUCUGUAUUUGAUUAAAUGAACGUUAAUCAAUUACUAAAGGUGAGCGAGGAAAAGUUUCCUGUCUAUUUUAAGUACAACAGAAAAGGUUGUAAUAUUAUAAUGAGUUAUUAUAAUUUCAGAUAUUAUAGCAAUUCAUAUUUUAAUUAUUAAAGCUUAUACUAUAAUUUUGUUUAAUAGUAAAC